GAUAAACUGAAAGGUUGUAAAUGAUCCGAGCAGCAUUUUGGCCAAGUUGGUAAUUGAAAACUUCAGUGUGACAGCGCAACGAAAAACAUGGAAAUAGUCAUGUCUUCUCUGUUGUCCGUGUUUUUCAUUGUGCAAUCGACUGAAGCUGUAAAUGAUGAUGAAAGGCCUCGAAACACGUCUGGAACUAUCCCCUUUCGUUCAAAAAACAGAAAUUGAUGAUCAUCUUUCUGUUUUUGUGUCUCAAAAAAUGAUCGCGAUCACUCCUUGAGCUAUUUGGUAAUAUGCCUGUUAAAGGAGUACUGACAUGAAUUUUAAAUAUAUUGGAUUAUUGCUGUAAAUAAGAGCGCUUCUGUCGAGAACUCUGAAAGGGUAUCAUGGUGCCUAGAAAUACAUCACUGCAUCUUUAAUACCGCCACCUUAAAAAAUACAGUUUCGGUUUUGAUAUUGAGGUGGUGGUUUCAAACAGCAGCUGAAAAAAAAAGAAACAGUGGCCGAAAAUUGUUUACCCCAGAUGUUAAAAUUGAAACAUCAUAGUUGUUCUUUGCUAUGUGGAAAUGAACUGCUCUUUUGCUCAACGGAUGCUUUUGUGGUAUGCAGGUUAACAUCGGCGGAGGCGUUUUGGUUGAGAAAACGCUCCUGGAGCGCCUCCAUUCUCACUGCAGUGGGCCUACAAAGUUCGCCAGGCAUCUUCUCCGGAGUGUUUUUACUCUGAAGGAGAUGCGUGGCAAAUCGCUCUUCCGGAAGGGCAGCAAUGCCAAUAAGAAUGCCGAAGUUAAGGAGGCACUGGACCCAGUCAGGGUCAACGCAGUGAUCGGCUACACAUGCAGCAAGUUUUCCACUUCAACACUGCAGCUGAAGAAUAGCUUGUCGUCGAUGUUGGCACGAGAGCUCAGGUGAUGUGCUGCGCACACGAAGUAUUUAUAAUAU